AUGAGAGAAGAGGUUUCCUGCACUAACUCCCCUGAAGGAGGGCUGGGGGCCAGUGAAGAGGAACUGGAGCGGGGGUCGAAGAAGAACCACCCAUCAGGGAACCGCAAACGCUCGCCGUAUCCCAAGAAGGACAGCCUCAGUCAGGCCGAGGAGAGCAGCACCGGCAGCCCCACCAGCCUGCUGCCCGCCGGGCCCAAGCGGGUGAAGAAGAGCCCCACCACUGUGGUGUCGCUGGCGCCCACGCCGCUGGGCCCGAGGCCGGACCAGCCCUUCGAGGACCUCCACUCUCAACGCGUCAUAGCCAACGUGCGGGAGCGGCAACGCACUCAGUCGCUGAACGAUGCCUUCUCAUCUCUACGCAAGAUCAUCCCCACGUUACCCUCCGACAAGCUGAGCAAGAUCCAGAUCCUGAAGCUGGCCUCGCGCUACAUCGACUUCCUGUACCAGGUGCUGCAGAGCGACGAGAUGGACGCCAAGCUGGCCAGCUGCAACUACCUGGCCCACGAGAGACUCAGCUAUGCCUUCUCUGUCUGGAGGAUGGAAGGGGCCUGGGCCAUGUCCACCAGCCACUAG